AUGCAACAAGGUGGCCUAUCUUUGGACGAAGAUAAAGCAUACAAAGAGGUAACUGCCUUAAUUUUCUCAUCUUUAGAUGGGGCGAGCGAUGCUCAUGAACUUGCUCUAAAAAAAAGUCACGAAUAUUUAGUUCGGUGCUCCAAUAAUUCUCAUUGGUUUUGUAAUGAACAGAUUUAUCCCAUAUCGAUCUAUUCAUUGAUCUUAUUUUCCUUCCCCAAUAAUGCUCUAAGCCCGAGUCUAAGACCCGGUAUGGCGACUAGUUUGAAAAGUUGCCAAGCGUGUAUUAAAUACUUCAAUAUAGGGAAAGCCGAGUUGAGACUCAAUUUUGCUACAAAGAAGCUAAUCCCCAUAGAAAAUGUACAACAAUUCACUAAUGCUAUAAAUGAAUGGGAAAUCGAGGUGCUAUUGCCGUUAUUUGAUUCGGUUUAUAAACAAGUAACCCAAGAAGAUCAAGCGCCAGAUUCAAAACAAUUGGAAAUAUGUUUCCAUUGGGUUUUGAACAAUCCUCAGAUAUUGCGACAAUUUUCACUGAUUAGGGAUAAGUUUGGUCUCAUGGUUAGCAAAGUGCGAGUUAGUCGGACAAAAUGUAUUCCCAAAGACUUGCUUCCGGGGCUCAUAUACCUUUUGUUUGAAGCCUCGGGAGAUCAGAAGUUGUGGGCAAUACAAUGGGUAAACGAAUUAAGACAAACGCGUGUUUUUUACAACGAAAAAGAACUAAGCGAAGCAGUGAUCUUGGAGUUUAGCGUUCAUUUGUAUCGUAUUGAAGAUCCUUCUUUUUUCAAUGACCGCAACGCUGUUAAGUUUUGGGAGGUUUUCAACAUAUUAGUGGACUUUAUUGAUGACAAGGCAUUGGUGAAUAAACUCAAUGCUCCAAAGGAUAUUCAUAUUAUAAGUCAGCAUAAAAAUUUGAGAUUAUACCCUGUCAUGAGAUUACUUGGGAACAGUUUAAUGUCACAUUUAAAUGAGCCAUUACCUGUAAUGUUGCAGGUGUUUUCCAAGUUUCUAAGUCGAUUAAAAUCCCAGUUUUGGGCCACUACUCCGCAAAUACACCCAAUCGAGUUAUUGGAAAGAAUCAUUACAAACCCUUCAUUCUACCGACAACUCGAACGAGGAUCCAUGGAACAAACUACAAUAAAUGAUUGGACAUUGGACGAUUUACUAACAUGGAUGGUACUAUUGAUCGACACAGUACAUGUGUCUCAAAAACAAAUUGCAUGCAUAAAGUUGAGUUCUUUUUUGUUAAAGUAUACCGCUGGUGGAUCUGAGACCGUUAAUGACACCAGAGCACAGCGAGAGGCUUAUUUGCGAAAUUUUGGAUUUAGCCUUUUGAAUCAGAGCUUUCAUUAUGAUCAUGACUCCACGGACAAUGACAAGUAUGUCGAACUAUUAAAAGUAAGAGACUAUAGAGCAAAUAUUGAAGGCGAAAGCGAAACUUUGGUGAAAAUGGCAAUGAAUACUUCGGAGGAGGGAGUCAUUAACGAAGCCACUGCUCUUCUAAUAAAAUGUUUGAAAUACGAUAUAUUGAUAUUGGUUCAAAGUAGCAUAUUGCUUUCCAAAGAGAAAGUUCCUGUUCUUUAUGAUACUUUUCCGGUGCUAUGGAAUGCAUUGAAUAAGCUGAAACUAAACUCUAAUGUUUCAUUAUCAAAAGAAAUCAUUAAAUGUUUCAAGAAUCUAAACCUGGUCAUUUACUUCAACCCUUUGAAGAAUGGCGACACAAAAAAGGAGAUAACCGAAGCCAAGAAGCAACACAACAAUUCGGUGGGAAUCAUGGUGAAAUACAUUAAUCUGAUUCUUGGGAACAUCAGUUUAACACCACCACUGAGAAUAAGCGACAUCAUUAAUGAUACCGAUUGUUUAACUUCAUUGUGGUCAUGCAUAUUUUUCCCUCCUUCAAAUCAACCAGCUUUGGACCUCAUAAAUGAAGUUUACGAUGGCACGGGGCGAUUUGAGUUGGUUGAAGAGGGGUUGCGACUCAACCUAAAAAGCACUUUGGUAGCUAUCAAUUUUAACUUGAAGGCAUUAACUCAACUAAAAGCUUUUGAACCAAGCCCCAAGGCCGUAAGAGUUCUCAUGGAUGUCAUUAAAGCAUUAGCUGAUCCAAUAAGCCCUGUCCUAUUAUCACCAAAGGUAUCACAUGCUCAUCUGGAUAUUGUUGUAUUCUGGAAAGACUGCCUUUUAUUUUUGGUGAUGUUGUACGAUCAAGCAAUCACUUGGGCAGGUAGAUACCAUAUGCACGAACUAGUUGAGUUCACCAGAGAUACCUUAGAUUUGAGUCACUUGAUGUUGGAGUCAUUUCGGAUAUUUUCAGAUGGAAUCAGCCCCUACGAGGGUAAAAACUGCAGGAAAAUGCUUUUUGCGCUGUUUAUGGAUGCUUUUAACUCAAUGAUUGCUUGGUUGAGGUUGGGUGAUGUACCGCUUUUAAAUUCUUGCGUUGACUUGGUAUUAAAGGUUUUUGAUCUAGCAGCGGAACAGAAUUUCUCUAUUGAGGAUACUGUUUUGGAAAAGUUUGCAAAAUUUGGAGUCAAAGCUAAGAAAUUUAACAAUAAAUUAUCGGAAUCACAAAGGAGCCAACUUUUAUCAAAAGCCAAAGAGUUCAACUCAACAUUAGUUGAAAAGAUUGUCGAUGAAGCGAAUGAAAAUAGAGAAAGAAAGAAUGCUGCUCUUGCGGAAGAAAACAUGUCAAAAGCAACAACAACAACAACAGCAGCAGCAGCAGUAUACGGAUAUAAAAAUCAAGUCGUUCCAGCUGCGUCAUCAAUGGGUGAACAAAAACAAAGCAGUUUUUACCAAAAAUCUCUUAAAAAAGAUGUUGUUGCCUUAGUUGAAGAGCAUGGUUCGAAAUAUGCUCUGAGAAGAGACAGGGAAAAGUCAGAGCUAAUUGAAGAAGUUGCCCCCUCAUCAAGAAAAACGGUUGGAAAACAACAAACGUUGGGAAUGUUUGCCAGAGCAUCUAGUGAGCCUCCGGUAGCCCCACCCAUGAAGAGUAUCAAGGGAACGAAUAGUUUAGAUACAAUUCGUAAAGACUUGAAAGUUGCUAGAGCAGCUGCGCCUAAAAUUGAAAAACCUCCAGCACCUUCACGGCCGGCAGGUUAUAAUCUGAAAAAGGCGCCACCAGUGAUUGGAAGAUCCCUCAAUACACUUAAAUCCAAAAAAAUUGAAUCGGACUCGUCGGAGGAGGACGAUGACGAUAUAGACAUGAGCGACUUAUUUGUUGAGAAAAAGAAAAAGGGAAAGAUAGUGGAGAUAGAUCUCAAUGGAAGGGAAAUUACGCAUUUGAACAGAAUAAACGAAAAGAAAGCGUUCGAGAAGGAAAAGUUGGAAAAAGAGAGAAUGAGCAAGAGAUUAAAUGUAAACCUUAAACCAUUAUACUUGAACAUUUUAAGAUGGAACUACAAUUCAAAAAGCGAGUUCCCCACACGAGAUCAACUGAUUUACGAAAAAGUUUGCGAUUCAUAUGACAAUGUAAAAGAUUAUGUGAAAACAAUGGAACCUUUGCUAAUGUUGGAAUGCUGGCAGGCUAUCCAGUCCUCCAGAGACACAGUAAUGGAAGUGCCAUUUGAAUUGGUAAUCGGUAGCAGGACAAGCGUAGACGGUUUUUUUGAAGUUUAUACAUCCAUAAGCAAAAAGACAAUUGAAGAUAGAAGAUUGAAUUUAUCAGACUUGAUUGUUUUGGCAUGCCUGAAUGAGGCCAUUGUAUCUCCAGCAGAGCAAAGGUCAUUUUUUAGAUUAGAAAGCACUCCGACUUGUUUGGCAAAAAUUACACUGAUCAAUUCUGCUAAUCCUGAGUACGCGGAUGUAACUAUUCGAGUUUAUCCAAGCGGCCCAAUCAUUGGAGCUCUCACGCCAAAAUCGAAUAUAUUAGGUAUGAAAGUGAUGCAAAUGGUUACAGUGGAAAGAGAAUUCUCUUCGUUGAGAGGGUUAGAGUAUUAUGACUUGGCAAGCGCCAUUAUUUCGGCACGACCAAACCCACCAAAGGAGGUGAAUAUAGAGGAAUUGGAAGACAUGUACAAAGUAUACGAUGUUAACAAGUCUCAAGCAAGGGCUAUAAAGGGUACAUUUGAAAGCGAGGGUUUUUCAUUAAUUCAAGGUCCUCCAGGUACCGGUAAAACCAAGACAAUAUUGGGUAUUGUUGGAUAUGCUCUUUCGCAUAAGAAAAAUAACAAGAUCAUUGAGAUGCCUCUGAGGAAAAAUUUGCAACAACCUUCAGAAAAUGCAAAAAUAUUGAUCUGUGCUCCAAGUAAUGCUGCGGUUGAUGAGUUAGUGUUAAGGUUGAGAAACGGUGUAAAAAAUUCAAAGGGUGAACAUAUGGACUUAAAAGUGGUGAGGCUUGGAAGAAGUGACGCCAUCAACGCCGCGGUUAAGGACUUAACUUUGGAAGAACUAGUUGAAAAAGAAUUACAGUCAAAACAAGUGGACGUUCAAAUAGAUCCAACUAUUCGAACUGAGCAUUCUAAAAAAGUGAAAGAAAGAGACCAAAUCCGGAAAAGGUUGAGUACCGAAACCUUGAGUCCAAAAGAGAUUGAAAAGCUUGAAGAAAGGUUACGAGAAGUGAAUCGUGAGAGAAGUGAACUUGCCAAAAAAUUAGAUGAUCAGAGGGAACGUUCGUCUAUUGCCUUUCGAACGCGUGAGAUUGGUAGAAAAAAUAUACAGACUCGGAUAUUAGAUAGUGCUCAAGUGCUUUGUGCAACGUUGUCGGGAUCUGCGCAUGAGCUAAUUGCUAAUCUCUCGGUAAAGUUUGAUCAAGUCAUUAUAGAUGAAGCAUGUCAAUGUCUCGAGUUGUCGGCCAUUAUUCCCCUCAGGUAUGGUUGUAAGAAGUGUAUUAUGGUUGGUGACCCCAAUCAACUACCACCAACAGUGCUAUCAAAAGCUGCUAGCUCUUACAAUUAUGAGCAAAGUUUAUUUGUUAGAAUGCAAAAGAAUUAUCCAGACUCUGUGUAUCUUUUGAAUGUCCAAUACAGAAUGCAUCCACAGAUAUCUCAAUUUCCAAGCAGGGAAUUUUAUCAGUCCAAAUUAGCGGACGGCCCAGAUAUGGAAAUCAAAAACAAAAGAUCAUGGCAUGAGAUUAUGCCCUUGACCCCGUAUCGAUUUUUUGAUAUUGUUGGUAGACAUGAAAAAAAUGAGUUGACGCGUUCCUUGUUCAAUACAGAAGAGGCGAAUAUUUGCUUGCAGCUCGUUUGCAGAUUGAUUGAAACGAUUCCGCAACAGCAUCUUGCUGGUAGGAUAGGAAUAAUCUCGCCUUACAAAGAGCAAAUACGCACCAUCAAGGAUGUGUUUGUUAGAAGGUUUGGUAGAAUCAUUCUAAGUGAGAUUGAUUUUAACACAGUGGACGGAUUUCAAGGGCAAGAAAAAGAAAUCAUUAUUAUGUCUUGUGUUCGAGCAAGUCCUGAUGGAAACGUUGGGUUUUUGAGUGACGUGCGUCGUAUGAAUGUUGCACUUACACGUGCUCGUACAACACUUUGGAUAUUGGGGAACAGGACGUCGUUGUCGAGAAACAAAGUGUGGAAAAGUUUAUUGGAUGAUGCGGAGAAAAGAAAUGCCAUAACUAAUGCAUAUUCCGGGUUCUUAGCUCAAAAUUCGUUCCUGUCAACUUUUAUAACCACAGGUAAAAGGACUUCAGACGAAAUUAGUGAAAACACGUUUUCGGUCAAGAAGCCAAAAAUGACAAAUGUGUCAACGACCUCGAGCAAUAGACAAUUGAACAAGGUCAAUAACAAGAGUAGCAUCAGUAGCAGCAGCAGCACUCUCUCGGAUAAUGGUGGUGGCCGUGUUAUACGACCUACUUCUUCGGGAAAAAUUGAUAUGCCAUUAAAUAAAUUGAAAGCUGCAUCUGCUGCUGCUAAUAACAGUAACAACAACAACAACAAUACUAAUAAUAGUAAUCAGUUUGAAAACGAGCAGAAUGAAGAUCUCAUAGAUGUGAAAAUGAGAGGAGGUGAUAAGAAGAAAAAUGAUACUCCUCCAAAAAUCUUAAAGCCUACAUCUUCUGGUACUCUUCCAAAACGUCCACCCAACAUUAAAUCGCCUGGUAUGGUUUUACCACCUAAACCCAAAAGUGUUAGUAGUACUGGUAGUAGUAGUAGUAGUAGUAUUUUCAUUCCCAGAGGACCUAAGCGGAGAUAG